CUCAGCCUCAUCAUGUUGUGGCAUAGAUUGAGAUAGCCUUUCUGAGAUCUUUCCGUCUUCUCAUCCAAAACACCACCAAAAAAUCAAGAAUCAAACCCUCUCAAGAAAGAAGAAAUUCCACUGCAAAUAUCUUAAGUUUUAUUCAUAUCUACUUGCAGAAGAACAGAAAUAAACCAUGGCCAACAUGAUCAUGGCCUCCUCCAAAGCCAUAAUCACUUCAUCUUCCUCCACCAAUAUCCCUCCAUCUCCAAGAUUCAAACUUUCCCUCCCACAAAUCUCCCUUCCCAAAAUACCCCUCCCCAAAUUAACCAAAUCCCUCAAACCCCUCUCCAUCCCAUCAAAUUUCAAGUCCAUUUCAUUAAUUCUUGCUAGCACAUUGGCUAUAGCACCACCUUCACUAGCAGAAGAAAUUGAAAAGGCCUCCCUUUUUGACUUCAACUUAACACUUCCCAUAAUCAUGGCUGAAUUCCUCUUUCUCAUGUUUGCUUUAGACAAGCUUUACUUUUCCCCAUUAGGGAAAUUCAUGGAUGAAAGAGAUUCUUCCAUUAAAGAGAAAUUAAACAGUGUAAAGGACACAUCUGCAGAAGUGAAGCAAUUAGAAGAUCAAGCUGCUGCUAUUAUGAAAGCUGCAAGAGCUGAAAUAUCAGCAGCAUUGAGUAAAAUGAAGAAAGAGACUCAACUAGAAGUGGAGCAGAAGAUUGCAGAGGGAAGGAAGAAAGUUGAAGCUGAGUUACAAGAAGCUUUGGCUAGCUUGGACAAGCAAAAGGAGGAGACAAUUAAGAGUCUUGAUUCUCAGAUUGCUGCUCUUAGUGAUGAGAUUGUUAAAAAAGUCCUUCCUGUUCAGUAACUAAUUCUGAAAGUUGUAAUUGUAAAUUAAAUAUUUUUGGUUGGUAAGAGUAAGAUACUGUUUGAUCAAAGAAAAAUAAAUGUGAUAUACUUGUAUAAACGGUCAAAACCAAAUUUGUCA